AUGAAAUCACUAAGUCUGGUUGCUGUUAUUUUAUAUUUUUUUUUGACUCAUAAGUUAAACAACUACCAUUUGCCAGAUGGAGAAAAUCCUGUAGGUUAUUUAUACUUAAAGGCAGGGUUACUUAAUAAUUACAACCAUAUUCCAGAAAUGGAAAUCUAUUAUCCUACAUCAUGAAAUAUUGUAGCAAAUGUAAAAAAGGAUUCAAGUGGCUAAAAGUAAAAGAUUAUGCUGAAAAAAUGGAUGAUACUACAAAAAAAGAUGUACACAGAAAAAGAAGAAUUCCCUAUCUCUUUCUUAGAAUUGUAGUUUCAUAAUUCUAUAAGUUUAUGAUAAAUUUUUAGCAUAAAUUGAUUUAUAUUAUGCAGAGACCACAGAUAAUCUUUCUAAAUUUUCAGUCAUUAUUUUGAUUCAUGGGUUAGCUUCACAUUGUGAUGGUUAUUCAGUAAUAGCAAGAUAUUUGGCUUAACAUGGUCAUAUUGUCUUUGUUCCAGAACAUAUAGAGAAUAUUCGUAAUAUUUAUCUAACCAAUGAAGAAAAUAGAGAAUAUAGAAAAUUAUAAUUAUAAGAUAGGCAAUUAUUGUUUAAUUAUUGGGUCCAAAUUCAGAUCAUUGUGCAAAUAUUUACAUUAAGGAUCAACAACAUGCAGACUUUUCAGAUAUCCCUAUAAUUUGGAAUAGUGAAAGCAGACUUUAUAGCAUUUCAAUAAAUGUUCAUGAAGUUCUUUUGA